CUUUGCGGGAGUCCCUGGGUCGAUCCAAGUAGACCAAUGGGAAUGUGGUCUCAGACGUCAUUCAUAUGUAAAGCUGGCCAUAAGUCAUAAAUUUAACUUAAUUUGGAGUUUGACGAGAGAAUUCAUCAUCGAAUGCAUUUUAACUCUUAUCGGCACUUUUCUCUCGACUGAGAUAAGUCACAUAAUCGUUCUGCAUCCAGUAGAAUAGAGGAGUGUCAUCUUAUCUGUUCUCCGUGUCUAUUAACGUUUUACAGGGCAGGUCUACGUCAUUCGUGCUGGUCUGUUCAGAGAUAUGUGUUAAAAUUGUUGUCAUCUUUAGAAAAAACAGAACGUCAUGUACCCUGCAGGCUUGGGAUAAAUAACCUUACAAUUAAGAGACAGAAGGGAUUGUCCGUGUUGUCACCCACGUCAUGUCAGCACAAUGUAUUAUUAAGUAGAAUGGAUGUGAUAAUAGCAGGCACACCGACUUAACGUCGUAUUUAUAUCGGGGACAGGACCAAGUGCGGGGACAGACAUCCGGGAACAGGCAUUUCACAACGACGUAGAUCAGUGAACAAAACGAAAUAACGAGUCUUUGUACAGACAUAGUAAUUUCGGGCAGGGAAAAGGUUCAACCCCGCACGGAAACAGUACUAACACUUUUUGUGUAGGACGUGGAGACCCUAACACCUUGAGAUAUUCGUGCGUCAUUGUUAAAACUGCUCAACUUUACGCUAAUACGAAGUUAUUUCUCUUUGUAAAACUGAGGAAGAAAUAACUGCAAGUGGAGAAGUGUGUGAAAUAUAGACCACGUGACUGACCUAUCACUCAGUUGGGUCGAAGAUGACAUAGGAUACACCUUUCUUGGUUGUUUUGAAUGACUUAGGAUUUUUACAAGGAUUUUAAUGCGAUCAUCUCCUAGCUUAGCACAGGGGCCCCAGGAACAGUUCAGCUUUGUCAUAGCAACAGUACAGCAUUUCACCAAGAAACAGGAGCAUUCUAAAUACAUAUUCUGUUUGGACGAGCAGGUAAUAUACUGUACCUUUUGAUAACUUUUGUCCCAAAAUGGCGUUACCAAAUUUAACACUGUUGACACCGCCACCUCUAGAACUGUUGACACAGCCACCUUUGACUCUGUGGACACCGCCGCCUCUAGAGCUGUGGACACCGCCGCCUCUACAAUUCAUGACAAGACCUCCAACACCUGAACCAAACAUUAUUGCAAUGCCGGCAUGGGGCCCGAUGACGCCACCCCCCAAUCCUAUCAUAGAAACCCCGCCACAUACCACCCCAGUGUCUAGGAAGGUAGAACAAUGGAACGUUUCUUUUUUAAACGACACAGAGGCUCAACUGAACUAUUCUUAUUUAAACAGCUCUGUGUACAAUGAGUCGUGUAAUAACUGUUCCUUUACCACGUCUUACAGUAACAUACUUUAUCCCAGCGAGAUGGCAUUGUGCUUAGUUGGGAUUGUGUUUAAUGUCAUAUCUCUGCUGGCACUGAGUCAGGCCAAGACAAGCAAACGCAGCUCCUCCUUUUACCUGGCACUGAAGUUCAUAGCGUUCACAGACCUGUUGUUUGCCACUGUUGACUUUGUCUACGCUCUCCUGAUGACGCUGCUGUACACAGACGGUUCCAGAGCGCUCUCAGCUGAGGCCUUUGGCUGCUGGGACGAGAUCCUGAACGACCUAGCCAGAUUUAGCAUGGGGCCCCCUCUUAUUGCUACCACGUGCAUCGUUAUCAUUCAGUCAAUUUCUAUCUUGUACCCGCUUAAGUUUCCCACCAUUGUGAACAGGCGCAGGGUAACACUGGGUCUUGUCCUCUCGCUGUGUUUUCAGCUGCUUGUUCAUAUUGGCCUCCAUGUCGGGUAUCUUACUACAAAUGAAUACACGGAUUCCGGCCAAUGCUGGGAGCAUUUUUACGGAGAAUACUUCUGGAGUUCAGUCUUGUAUGUUGGUACGAUAUGCAGUGUCCUAGAAUUUUUUAACAUUUUACUUUAUGGGUUGCUUUGGUGGAAAAUCAAGAGCGUUUUGAAAAAGGAGGCGGCAAUUUCAGCCUCUCAGCACGCCAAGGGAAUUCAGAAAGAUAUGAAACUCCAUGUUACCAUCGGCCUUCUCCUGGUCACCAUCAUACUGUUCUGGACGCCUGCCGUGGUGAUGGCUUUCCUGAUAUUGUCAUUUAAGAAUAACACAUCGCGUGACUGGGACGGACGUUAUCUCGCUCAGCACAUAGCGGGUCUCUUUGCACUUCUGAACCCGAUAAUAGACCCCAUUGUGUAUGGCAUCAGACUAUCGGAAGUGAAGGACGGGUACCGAAGAUUGUGGCGCAAACUUUUCUGUCGCUGCAGUAGAAGCGAGACAAGUUCUGAUGUCGUCACUAAUUCCACUUCACGGUCUAAACAACAUCAAGUGCAGAACACUGCCAGUAAAUCACAAGGAAGUAAAACCACCAGUCUGGGCAAAAGACCUGGUUAAGACAAGACUAAACACAUACUGGU